UCGGCUAUAAAGGGUACCAGCGUUAAAAAUAUGGCGCUAAAAGGACCACGUAUAUCGCCAGCCCAAGAGGAGGCCCUCGUCUCUUUUAUUGAGCAGCACCCAUACCUAGCAAAUUGCACUUCGGAGCUCUGGACGCGAGUGCCUUCAUCUAAAAAAAACGAGCUGUGGGCCUCCAUUACGCGGACACUGAACGCCAUGGGGCCCGCGAGAAAACAUGUCAACCGGUGGCGCAACACUUGGGCAAAACGAUGUUUCAAGUACAGGUCUGAGGCGGCACGUUUAGCGGCAGUGAACAAGUCGACGAGCGACAUCAUCCAACUACCGGGACUGGGCGGCCGCAUCCUCUCCCUUGUCGGCACUGCACCGAGCGGCGCGAAGUCCGGGCCAAACUUUUUCGAGGAAGGUGACGAAGAGGAUGAGCCCGAGGGGGAGGACAGCUCCACGUGCCCAGAAGACCCCCCAGCGCAAGCCCCCCGGGUUUCACUAAAGGAGCAGCCAGGAACGAGUAGUGUGCUGCACCACCGUCCGGCAGAUGACGAGGCCAGCCGGCCAUCUCGACGGAGAGGUGCCAACGAUGUGAUCGAGCGGAUUGUCGCCGAGCAGCAGCGUCAGAGUGACUUGCUGUCACAGAUGACCGAGCAGUUGCAGCAGCUGGUCGAGAGCAACCGACGGCUCGAAGAACGUGUGGGGCACGCUAUGGAGCACAUCGCUGGCCAGAACAACCAGGCACAAGUGCUUCAGCAGGAGCUGGUCAGUGUCCGGGAGGCUAUGGAGCGCUCUGCGCAGGCGCAAGAAUUAAUUGCUACUGUGCUCUCGAACCCCCAGAGGCCAACAUAGUGCACAUUGAGGGUCCCAUCGUCUGGGCUGAUUGCCAUGCUGGUUGUAAACCAACUAGCCCAGCCUAUAACUCCAGGCAUGGUGUAUUUAAUUUCUCUUGUGUGUGUGGGUAUGUGUGCAUACAUGUUUUCUUCUGUAGUAUUUAGGUUCUUGCUUGCCAGGCAGGCAACUUCUUAAUAUUUUCUCGUAUGUAACAUUGCGUAUUUAUAUCCUCAGUAUUCUUAAUUUCAUUUGAUCAAGGCAGUGAUCUUGUACUUCCUCUUUAUUGUGCCAGACUAUUCCGAGUGCGUGCACUGCCCAGGAAUACUACUUGUUAAUACUUGCAGCAGCAUAGCAGAUGUGAUAUUUUCAGUGUUUGACGAGAAGUUAGGUCAUUUUACAAUUUUUAUGCACUGUUGAUGUGAACACAAAGUGUUUCGAGAGAGUACAGUCGGACAAUCCUACUACAGCAAGAUGUCAGGACAGGAAAUUUUUGUGUCAGCUGCAAAUGUACAAUUUGUCGCAUUUCACUCUGCCCGAGCACAAAUUGUUCACUUGUUAUUGCAGGUGAAACUGCUUCAACUGUUUCGCCACAGGUUGUUGCUGUGCAUGUUGUUGUUGGGUUUCAGAUGGAGCUGUGCGCACAAUUUUGGUUGUGUCAUAAUGCCAGUUGUGAUAUUCCUCACGAGUAGCUAUUUUUUGGGGGGGCGGGGGCAGGCAUGUGAGCCACAGUACAAAUUUUGUCGAGUGUCAUCAUCUAGUCAGUAGCGUUGUUUCUUAUGUUACAUUUACUGGUGUUGAAAUGUUUCAAGACUGCCUGAUUUAAAUCAAUCUGAGCUAUGAGAAUUGACAUAUGUUUAGCAUGGCCUUCUGGAAAGUUCAGCAGCCUUAAGAGAAAUCGUUAGCUCGAGAGCCAGCUUCGAGCCGACUUGAAAUACACGUGAAAUGCAGAAAUGAUCACACUUUGCUAUCUUAGAUCAAUCAAAUAGAAAGAAAAAUGAAAUCUACCCAUCGUAGAAGAAAAAUUUUGAUUUAGGGCCUCAAAUUUCCGUCCAAAAAUUUUCCAAAAACUUGAGCUUAGAAAAUUGAAGCACAAAGUUUACAAAUCUGUAACUCUGCAUCAAAUACAUAGUAUACAUUUCGCAGUUCUGUAAACUACAUCUGUUAGAGCAUCUCAAGCAUACAAAUGUUAAUAUAAAUUAACAGCUUGCAUGGGAACUGUUACCAUAUAUACAACAGUCUUGAAGACAAAUUAGUGAUAUACAUCAGAGCGAUGUAAAAUGUACGUCACUUUGAGCCACUUUAAUUGUCUGAAUAGGUUCAGUUGUAAGCUUGAUUAUUCAGCUUUUCUUUUUUUCUGAUUUCACAGUAUUUUUGCAAAAAAAAAAAUGGUCUAAAAAAUUUGCUUUACGUACAGUGGGCAGAGCUAUAACUUUUACUUUUAAAUACAACAAACCAGAUCAAACUCGAUGCUGCAGUUGCCAAGAAAAAGUAUUUCUUCGUUCCCAGGUGUUUAGAUCUAAGUUCCCGAGGUCAAGCUCCUUAGUGCUGUUCCUGGACGUCCUUGUGGGACCUUAUAAAUGCUUCAAACGUUUCAUGACAUAGCUGACGCAGUUGGCUUCCGUUAAUUUGACCCUCGCAGGACCGCAAAAAUUUAGUCUAGUUCUCUAAAAGUCGAAUUAAGAAAUAGUAGCAAAAUGAAUUAAUUCAAAUCUUUUCUUUAUUGCUUGAAGUAGUCUGUAAUGUAUUUUUGUUUCUUGCUCUUGAAGUGCGACUCGACCAGCAUGAGGUGGAAAUAGCCAAUGUGUUUAAAAGCCGCUUCAGUGUGACACAUGAAACAAGCAGGAACAAAUGUCUUCGCUGGUAGAAGGAACAACUAAAGGAUAAACAUUAAGUAAAACAGCUUCACACCUAGGGAAGCAUUAAGCAUCAUCUACUGAAUUCAUUGUGUUUUCAAGCCUUUAGUAAAGGCUGCGCUUGAAGAGGCACCAGUGUGGGUCAAAUGAACCAAAUCGACACGCUUUUGAGUUCGAACUAGACGAGAUUUCUAUCUACAGCAAUGUAUAAUUUUUCUCCGGGGCUUUCCAGUUGGUUCGAAUUGAGCAAGGUCGAAAUAACGGGAGUCGACUGUACGUGUGGUUCACGCCACGACAUUAGAAUUCCUCUAAAGCAGGGAUUAACAGGGCUAGAACAAGGAGUGUCGCUGAAGCCAACAUUUCAACAGGGGGACUUGUUCUGUCGAAACAUUGGCUUCGGUGACAUUCCUUGUUAACCACUUCAUGCCUCCAUCCUCCUGUGAACCUCCAUCUUGUUUUGAAUUUCCGUACCUGCCAACUUUUACGAUUUUAUCGUGAAAUUCCCAAUUUUGAAAGCUCGUUUACGGCUGUCAUAUUGGCACUAAUAAGUUUACUUUCAUUUGCAGCCAGUUUAGGGUAAAUUUAGCUUUUAAAAACUACAAAAAAAAGCGUCCCCGAUGAAUGUUUCAGCCUGAUUUUUCGGACAUGCUGGAUUAAUCGGACCUACCCAUGCUAGCACCAUCUACUUAAUGAUAUGAUUGCAACCAAACUAUCGGCCGCCAUUAUAUGAAUACUUCAUGAAUAAACAUCCCGAAUAUUGUUCGUUUGUCUCUGGCAGGUAUUGCUUCCUUCUUGCUGCAACUACUAUAAAGCAGAAUGCCUGUUCACAGCGUCUCUACAGAACACACUUCCCAGAUUUCUUAAAUAAGCAGUUGACAGGUUGAGUAACAGAACAGUUUUUAGUACUUUUCACUUGAUAUUCUUUUCUGGCUUCGACCUCAUUAUUUUUCCGAUGCCAAGGUCGGCAGGUCUGUAUUUCUAAAGCAAGGAGCUACUUGUUUUGCAGCCCUGCGCUCUGCAGCACCACUGCAAUUGUUGGUGUCACACCUCUCAUUGCUUUCAGCAAUCAGUGCCUUCUUGUUGUCCAAAUAACUGUGGCCAUGAACUUUGUGGCAUUGUUAGACUUGGCGUCGUGUAUUGUGAGGACUCAACUGACCGCAUUGCACGAGUCGCUUUAAUGAGGAGUAGGAGGGUAGUGCUAGUAGCUAGGGGCGAAUAUAACUCGUGGGUGUCAAGAUAAAACUCGUGGUGAGCCUGUGGGACAUCUGUCACGGCGAGGAAGUGUUCAGCUGUUAGGAGCUCGAGGUAGAGGACACCUGGGGGGGACGAUCACGGUAAGGCCAAUCGGGGCGCAUCCCGGUGACGUUUGCUCACACGUGUCGCUCAAGUGUGGGAGGAAGGGGCAUGGUUUGCGUGGGAAAGUAGCUCCAGCACUCUAGCCACGUCCACUAUGUUGCUGGUGGGCCGUAGAUGAAGCUUGGAAAAUGGCCGUCGUAUGAGGUGCAGGAAGUCGCCUCGAUCCCCACAACAGCAGAAGGGACAGUUGGGACCAAAUAGACAGAAUGCCAGCUUACAAUAUUGCUUACCAAUUUCAAAAGGCACAAAAAUAUGCGUUUGUCUGGCUAAGUCACGCCAACAGUCCUUCGAGUGAGUUGAAAAACAAUGAAAUAUGCAUGAGAAACUAAUGAUGUCUUUGUGUAAUAGGGCUGAAAAUAGGUACGGUAACAUACAAAGGGUACCUGUUAAUAAAUAUGCUAAAAUAUGUGUCCUAAAUUUAGGGAUAUUUUUCAUACAGCUUUUCAGCAACGCCUCAUGUUCAUGUAUACACAUAUACAUUCAGUCAUGUUACAGCUGAAUGCCGUUUCAGAACUGGCAUGUUGACUUUUGUCACUUUUUUUUUUCUAGAAUGUUUGGUUACUUGUCCAUCUGGGACUCUGAUAGGUAACUCUUCCCUGUGCUCCUGUGUCAACAGUCAAUGUGAACAAUUUUUAAUGAUCAUGAGUCAUUUGACUGUUUAUAAUGUGUACCUCAAGCAAUACUUUCAUCAGCCUACCUCAGACGUUUCCAUUUGCUAGAAUUGUCAGUGCAGAUGCACGUAGUACCCUCGUUAUUUCGGUUUACAAGUAUUGCCAUGGGGGCACUGCGGCUUCGGCAACAUUCCUUGUUCUGCCACUGUUAUUUACUUCAUGGGGACACUGGUGUGCCGCACCAGUGAACUUUUUUUUUUACCCAUUGUAUACACUUUGUACAUGUUCAUGCCAUUACUGUAAUUGCCAUAAAUAAAGGUUUACACACAAA